GUUGCGAAGAAUGGCUGACACCGUCAAUUGGGUACUGUACUUAUUGGCACAAUGACAUCAAAUUACAUGUAUAUGAAAUAAUUGGAAUUCAAUUGACCGCCAAUCAAAAAUUAAGUAAACAAUAUCAGUAUAGUUGCGUCAUAUAGUAACUUGCGUUUAAUUGUUCGCAAAAAGUGCACAUUACUGACAUUAGUAAACAGUUAUUGAAUUAAUUAAUAAAGUGUUAUAAAGACCAUGUCUUUGAGUUAAUACGAUUAGAAUUUAACUGCCACGGGAAGUGUGAAACAAAUGUAGCUUCGUGUUAGGGGAUUGAUAAGUGGAAAUAUGCAUAGUUUUGUUCAGCCUGCAAAUAAGAACAGGCUAACAUAACUUGCAAUGUUGCUUUUACAUUUUUGACUUUGCUGGAAUAAGUGACAGCAUGUAAAAAAAAACACUAAAUAUUGAAAAGUAUUGUUACUUUUCAAUAACUGUUUUAAAUAGUUAAAUUAUGAUGUUACAAAGUUGACAGUAAGCAAAUCAAAAUGAGUGCUCCGAGAGUGAAACGAAAUUCAGAGCUCAUCAGAAUUUCCGACUUCCGUAGAGAGCUUUCGUUCAGAGAAAAAAAGGUGGCAGAAAUCAAAAGAGAAAAAAUGAAGAUUCUUGCAGACAUAAAACCAGUUCCAAAGUAUAUGAUAACGGUCGACAUGUCGCAUGCUCGGGGAAAUCUGGAUGCUGUCCGAAUGUGCUUGAGAGAAUUAGAAUGGAAAGAGUUCCCGUUUGGUCGGAAAGAGCAGCAUUGUGAUAUCCAUUGGCAGAGCACGAGCUUUGAACAAAACCCUGACCUGUAUGGAGGCCUGGUGAACAAGUUUCCAGGAAUGUUCUGGAUAUGCGGCAAGAACAAUUUGUUCCGGGUGCUCGAUCAGAUGCGGCUGCUUUACCCAGAGGAGUACGACUUUUACCCACGCACAUGGUACCUCCCAGACGAAUUCCACCAACUGGCGCACGAUAUUAAGAAGAUCAACGACAAGCGCAAAGGCCCAAAAGCCACGUUUAUCAUAAAACCGGAUUCAGGAUCACAAGGGGAGGGUAUUUACUUGAUACGGGAUGUCACAGACUUCAUAACAGACAAGUUUAAUCCAGGGCGAAUGCAUGUAUGUCAGGAGUAUUUAGCAGAUGUGUUCUUAAUAGAUAAAUUUAAAUUUGAUCUCAGAGUUUACACUGUGUUGAAAUCUGCCGAUCCCCUCGAGUUUUAUAUAUGCAAGGAGGGUCUAGCUAGGUUUUCUACUUUGCCAUACGAAAACCCCACAAAUAAAAACAUCCAUGAGGCUUUCAUGCAUUUGACUAAUUACUCAUUAAAUAAGAAAAGUGCUACAUUUAAUCGUUCCGAGCGUGAAGAUGAGGGGAGUAAGAGGACGUUAACCAGCGUGUUCAAUCGGUUAAAACGUAUGGGGCAUAACACUGAUAAGUUAUGGAAAAAGAUUGAACAUAUGGUCGUGAAAACGAUGAUAGCCAUUCUGCCAGACUUGAAAAUUGAGCUCCAAAAUGCACUGCCAGCAAACAAGCCAGGACCAUCGUGUUUCCAGAUCCUAGGCUUUGAUAUCCUCCUGAUGUAUGACCUGUCACCGAUGCUGCUGGAGAUCAACAGCAGCCCUAGCCUGCGCAUUGACGGCGAGAUUGAGGUCGCGCCCGGGGUGCCAGAGUCCAUCCCGAGCCCAAAGGACGAAGAGGUGAAGAUUCCACUGAUACGGGACACGCUUUUGUUGGUCGCGCCACGGAAGAAAGUAAAAUACUUGGAAAGUUGGCGCAACAAAAUCGGACGACCAAUAACUUUCCGCAAUUUGGAAUCUGAACGGCAAAAAAGACGAAGGCUACGCCAUGAACAAAAGCGUCAAAAGCACGAAGAAGAGACCAAAAUUCACGCACAAGAGGAAGAAAAACAUGGCCCCGCACAAAUCGAGCGUGAUGGUGUGAUUCACGUUGAAACUCGCCACCCGCGCAGCAGCAUUGUGAUAAUUAGGUCUAGUCAGGAUGACUUGCCUAAGCGAAUGUCGAAAGAAAGCUCUUUUGUUAUUCCCGAGUCACUGAACCGUAUCGGAAGACGAUCCCAGGACAACGAGAAUGAUUUCAAUCCGAGUAUGAUUGAAAAUCUGAACUUAGAGUAUGGAGAGAGGAGAAAUUAUGAGGACCGCCUGGAGAAAAUGGAGGAAGGGUUCACUGAACAUGAAAAUGAUACAGGUGUGUCCAGAAUAAAAUCAAGUCAUGAAAACAGCAAAAUGCUGAGCACUUUUGUAAGUGGAGAGGGGAAUUAUGUUAAAAGUGAUGACUCUAAAAGGGAACAGAAUACAAACAACAACAACAAUAACAGCUUUAUUCACCCCGAGAACAAUUCUGAUGAGGAUAAAAUGGAUGACAGUGAACAUAGUGGUGACGAGAGUGAAUUGAACUUAGACUCAUAUGAAAGCUGCUUGAAACAAAUUUAUCCAUCACCUUAUGCAGACAGAUUUGAAAAACUGCGACUUUAUGAGAAGUUAGCGGAGGUUUUCACGAUCUGUCUGGGCGUACGUGCCACACAGAGGCUCGGGCCAACAGGGUUCCGUACAUUCUCAAGAAAGUGUCGGUUGAACAAAAAAGGUCUAACGAAUGCAACUAUUGAUAUUCUCUUCAUAGAUAUGCAGAGAAAAUGGGAACAUGUGAAUCCUGAACGCACAACAGGUUUAGGCUUCCGAGGGUUUCUGGACGCGUGUCACGAAAUCGCCAAGAGAAAGUUCCAGAACGGCAGUGUGCUACAGACGAUGCAAGACUUCAUUGACUAUUGUCUGGAGAACCUAGAAGAGGAACAGAUGUUUCAGUCCCGCAGUAAUCCAAGGUUGCUACCCCGCCGGGCCCGUCCCCAUGGUUACCCCCAGUUGGAACCCAUGGUUACGCACCUUCAGAGUCCAGUUUCGGAGGACAUGAGUGGGAUCCUGUUAGACAGUCGCAUGCAAAGCGGCAAAUACGUGAAGCCGAGUUCCACAGAGGACGUUGACCUGUUUUUGCGGCGCCAUAACAGACUUGAUGCCAUCAAGGUCAAAAGAUCAAGGUCUAGGACAAAGGAUCCUGAUGAGAGAUAAAAAAAUAUUUGUUUCUCUGGACUAGUUUUGUUUUUAUGUGUAACCAUGGUAAUUUUAUUAAAUAAAUGUCAAAUGGUCAAAAAGGUCAAGUGGCCUUAAUGAAUGCUAAAAAUGUACUUUUUUUGCAUGGCGGUGUUAAUUUGUUAAUAUGUCACUAUGGUAAUUUUGAUUGUUUUCUGUUGGCUUGGAAUUUUGAUGCAAUCAAGGUUCAAAAGUCAUGGACAAUAUAUGCAGACGUAGGUUGUAGUUGUUUUGCCUUUAAUUUAACAUCAAAUUAAACAAAAUUGCCAAGAAACAUCCCUUGGCAAAUCUUAACAAGACUGUUUGUUAAUUUCAGCAGACUUAAUAUAAAAUUGUAUGGAUAGAUUAGGACCAGUCUUAUCGAGUGUUGGGCAGAUUUUUGAUGCCACUGCCAAAACAUGGUGCAGAUGUCAUAUAAUUUGUUGCAUGUUUCUCUCAAUUGUUCAAUUACAUUGAAUUAUUUAUUCUAUAUUACAAUAUACUCUUAGAUUGUUAAGACAUUUGAUGCUGUUGUUUAUUGUUUAUUCUAUUUACACCAUUUUCAAUUUUAUACUUUAUUUUACAAUUUCAGCUUUUGAUACUUGGCAAGGGUCGGGGAAUCAUAUAUUGUGUGAAGUGCUGUCUGUUGACACUUUUAUUGUUGCAUGUUCUUGUUAUCGUUAUUUAUAGGUAAGAAGUGUGUUGAUAGGCAUAAAAUGGAAGUGAAUGUUUGCUUCUCUGCAAAAUUGCUGAAACUAUUGCCAGACUUGACUUAUGCCCCUUAAAAUAGAAUAUGGCUUGUGCAGUAAAUGAAAUGGAAGUGCUGUAAGAAUCAUUGGGAAACAAAAGGUAACUACUGUACAAUUAUUUACAUUCCUCAGCAUGAAUUGUGACUGUGAUUUUUUUUCAAAAUUCUUAGAUUUUUAAUUUUAGAAAUAGAAAAGAGGAAUUUGGUUUGGUCAUUUUCCAAUGUGUUUGUGUAAUAUUUGAGGAUUGGCCAACCACUAAAUCAACAAAAAUUCCUAUCAGAGGAAUAAUAAUCAACAAAAAUUCCUAUCAGAGGAAUAAUAAUGAUUAAAUAGUUAAACCCUUUACCACAUAGAUACAUAUUUUGACGCAUUUGUAGUCCUUUAAAAAUUUAAAUUUAAUUGAAGACCUUUAUUACUCUAAUUUUAAGGCUUUAUCUCCAAACCUUAGAUACUGAUGAGCAGCAAACAGCAUAAAAUCUGAACAGACUGUGAGUAAUACUCCAAGGUUGUUCUGGUUUUAUGCCGUUUGCACAUAGCCUUUUUCACCUUGCCUUUGAGUGAGAACAGGUUAAGUAGCAGGGAUUUCAAAUGAAGCAGAAUCCUGCAUUUUGAUGCAAGAAUUUUGAAAAAAAUUCACUUUUGACUCCUGCAAAAAAAACUGCCUUUCAUCUUAUGAUGCAAAUGUUACUGGAAAGCUGUAUCAAUAAUAUAUUUUAUUUCAUAAACAUGUGUUUUUUUGCAUAGUAUUUCUAUCAAAUUUAUACUAAAAAAACAUUUUCACUGCAUUUAACAAACAUGCAGAAUGACAAUAAAUAUGGACAUCAGUAUUUUAACCCAUAAAUAUUUAAUUUGACCACUGCACAUUUAAAGGACAGCAUCAUUAAACUCUUGGUUUUCAAAAUCUCUUGAAAUCCCUGAGUAGGCAUGUAAUGUUUAUGUGGGAAUAUGGUUUCGCUUUCUUUCAAUUGUAAAAAGUUGUCUUCUGAUUAACAUUUUGCCUUAGAGUCAAGAGAAUAUCUCAAAUGUAGUUUGUCAGCUUGUGUUUUGUGUAAUCCAAUUUGUUUUAUAGAUAUCUAUGGAUUUAAAUUCCUUUUAUCACAUUCAACAACCAUUUAUUUGAAAUAAUCAUUUAACAUGGGAGGCAUUUAGAGCACUCAGAAAUGUAUGUUAUUUCAAUACGCGAGUGUUCAGUAAUGUAAUAAUGCAAACUGAGAAUACAGCUAGAACAGUUACCCCAUUUGAAGAGUAAAUCAAAGCUGAAAUACCUAUAUUUGAGUACUGGUCAGCUUUGUUGAAAUAUUCCAAUUAAUUAAGAGGAUUUGUGUCCUUACGAUAAUUUGACAAUUUGCCCGUGAUGUAACUUUUUAGUGAUCAGACUGUCCGUACGUCUGUCCGUCUUUCCGUCACACUUUGUGUUCAGGUUUCGAAAAAUGCUCAUAACUUCUAUGUCCCUUGAGCUAUAACCUUCAUGUUUGGUAUGCAUGUGUAUAUGGAAAAGGCCUUUCCAUACGCACAAAAAUUUUGACCCCUUGACCUUGAACUUAGGGUCCGCGUUUAGGUUUCGAAAUCUGCGUUUAGGUUUCGAAAAAUGCUCAUUACUUCUAUGUCCCUUGAGCUAUAACCUCAUAUUUGGUAUGCAUGUGUAUAUGGACAAGGCCUUUCCAAACGCUAAAAAAUUUUGACCCCUGUGACCUUGACCUUGAACUUAGGGUCCACGUUUAGGUUUCGAAAUCUGCAUUUAGGAUUCGAAAAAUGCUCAUAACUUCUAUGUCCCUUGAGCUGUAACCUUCAUAUUUGGUAUGAAUGUGUUUAUGGACAAGGCCUUUUCAUACGCACAAAAAAUUUGACCCCUGUGACCUUGACCUUGAACUUAGGGUCCGCGUUUUGGUUUCGAAAUCUGCGUUUAGGUUUCGAAAAAUGCUAAUUUCUUCUAUGUCCCUUGAGCUAUAAUCUUCAUAUUUUGUAUGCAUGUGUAAAUGGACAAGGCCUUUCCAUACCCACACAAAUUUUGACCCCUGUGACCUUGACCUUGAACUUGGGGUCCGCAUUUAGGUUUCAAAAUCUGUGUUUAGGUUUUGAAAAAUGCUCAUAACUUCUUUGUCCCUUGAUAUAUAACCUUCAUAUUUGGUAUGCAUGUGUAUAUGAACAAGGCCUUACCAUACGCACACAAAUUUUGACCCCUGUUACCUUGACCUUGAAGUUAGGGUCCGCGUUUAGGUUUCAAAAUCUGUGUUAAGGUUUCGAAAAAAGCUCAUAACUUCUAUCAAUUUCAAGGUUUAUAGGGGGCAUAAGUCAUCCUAUGGUGACAUCUCUUGUUUUUUUGAAAUUUUAAGUUUUGAUUUUAUUUUUUUUAUAGUUAAAAAAAAUGAUCACUGUGUUAUUGUAUUAAUUAUUAUGACAAAUUUCAUGCUGCCUUGCUUUUUUGUGUGCAGCUUUACUGUUCAAUACCACAUGGUAACAGCAACUUCAUGAUAUGCUCUUUUAAGAUCAAAUAUAAUAAGUCUGUCCAUCAGUCUGUUCAUCAGUCUGUAUGUAAAACUUUUCUGUCUUAUCCAUCUUUUGAUGGAUUUUCAAGAAUCCGGCCUCAUAUAUAAGGGCAUUUAGACAAUAUUGGCUUACGGCGUAAGUCAAUCUGGACCUUUAUUCACCAACCAAUUCUUAAACUUUAGAAAAAUAUGCUCAGUAUUUGACUCUAUACAGUCUACCAUUGGUGAUUUUGCCAUAAACGCUCUUCAAGAAGAAUGAUAAAUAAUUAUAUAAAGGUUGUUAAUGUUAAGUUUGACUCAGAAUUAAAGCAGUAUUUGAAUAUUUCAAUUUAAAGAAUAUUUUUUAUUGUUAGACUUAAGUCUAAGAAUUGUUUGGUUGAAUGCGGGCCCAGGUCUGCUCAAGGUGAAGAUUUACUCAAAUGUUUAAGCACCCAAGUAUCUCCUAUACCUUUAAAGGAUAUUCAGAAAACUUGUUUACAGUGGUAAGGUCCUUAAGACAAUGUGCAGAAAAAAUUAGUCAGUCAUGCUUACUCAUCUCAAGGUCAGACUUCAAGGUCAACGCUUAAGCCUCCAUUUUCAUAUCCUGUCUAGAUCUGCUAAACCCAUUGAAUGAUUUUCAUGAAACUUGGCUACUAUAUUUAGGUAAUUGUGUCAGUCGUGCAGGCUCAAGGUCAAAGUUGUUCUUCAAGGUCAAAUGUAUAUUGGCUCCAUAUCAUUUUGACCUUUAAAAGGAUUUUAUUGAAAUAUUGCUUGAAUGUUACGGUCAUCAUGACAAAAUCCAUAAGGCAUGAGUCAGUAAAGCCAGAUCAAGGUCAAGAUCACCUGUUGUUUUUAGAUAAUUAUCUUAUAUGCCCUUAAAAGGAUUUUGUUGACAAUGUGCAAAAUACAUUAGUAAGUCAUGUCUGCUCAAUGUCAAACAGAAAAGUUAAACUGUUGAGCCUCUAUUAUUGUGUAUGCUUUUCGUAAUCUUUGCUCAAUUUUUUUUAGUUUUUGAGAUGAUGGCAAAGGUCACACUUAAAGAUGACCAUGAUUAUGUCUUAAGAUGCGUUUUGGACAGCCUUGUUUCACCUCAAUGGUUAUCAGAUAUCACCCAAACAGGAUAAUUUAAACAUAGCUUUAAACAUGGAAAUGGCAUAACUGUUUUGCAAACAGUUUUUGUUUUACUGUGAUAUGUUUUAGGUUAUCUAAAGCUGUGGUUAAGUUUUUAUGUGUCAUGCUUUUGUGUUUUGCUCAAAUAUUUUCAUUAGUGGCAUAUUGUAUUUGUUGUUUUUUGUAUUUAAUUUUGUUGUUUAUUAUACUUCAGUGCUCAAUGUUAAAGUUACACUUUGUUGCGUGUGAGUUUUCAUUUAUGAAUGUUUGUCGAGCAUUCGGUGAUGAAUUUGUAUUAUGAACAUUACUUUCACACUUGCCAAGAGUAUAACCAUACACAUAAGUGCCUCAUAUAAAGUCAUAUUGGCAUGCCAUCAUAGUUACUCUCAUUUUCAGUCAUAUUAUAUAUUCAUGCUUGCACUAUAAUAGUUAUCCUAACUAAGAGUCAUUAUCAAUUGAACACAAUGGCGCUAUCAAAUGUAUACUCAUCAAAAGUCAUAUUAAAAUUUGCAUGCUUGAUUUAUCAUUUACUUCUUUAUUGGGUUUUCGUUACAAUGUCUUGUGCUUUGUUUUUUCCUUGUGCUUAGUUUUCAUUUUAACACGAGUGUAAAAUGAUUGAAGUUCAUCAUUCGAAUAUAAAUUAUGUCAAAACUGUACAA